UUCUUAGGACAAGCAAUGUCUUUCUCAAGAGGUGCAUGUACGGACUCAAAGGUCGCAACUUCUAGCUCCUCCUGUGGUUCUCAACUCGACCAUUCUACACCAGAAGAAUGCCUUCAGAUUUGGGUAAACACGGCAGACUCAUGGAAAGAUUCUCUGACCACGCCCUUGUAUAUCCUCGAGUCCGCGUACCUCAUGACAGUUCCACUUGCAAGGGAUGGAGGCAUGACUGCCUGGGUUCUCGUUGAAAAGAGUCGGCUGCCAAACGAGCGAGAUGUUCUUUGCUCCUGCGAAACUUCCCGCAAACGAUCUCUCUUGAGCGAUAACAUGGGAAACGUGACAGAGGGUAUCGUUCAUGGGAUCGCCAGUAUCUUCUGUCCAGGAAACAUUCGCGGCCGCGGCUACGCAGCUCGUCACAUGAAGGAGAUAGCCAAAGUCCUGCGCGGGCAGUCCGAGAACGGCCAGAUCUUUGAGAGUGUCCUAUACUCGGACAUUGGGAAGGAGUAUUACUAUACCAGGUUAGGCUGGACACCGAACUCAGUCAACGAGCAUCUGGUGUUGCCGCCUGCAAAGAUGGAGAACCCAGCGACUUCGCAGCCGGUCUUCGAGUCAAACCUGGAAGGUCUAUGUUCCAGAGACGAGGUUAUGAUACGAGGCGACAUGGCUACGCCCAGUGUGUCACGGAAGCGAGUGAUCAUUCUGCCAGACUUGGAUCACAUGUUAUGGCACAUUCGCAAGGAAGACUUCGCCACCAAGCACAUCUUCGGCAACGAGGCAGCGGCAAAGGGAGCAAUAGCUGGGGUGCCUGGGAAACAGGUUUGGGCUAUUUGGGUUCGUCGCUACUAUGGGCACCCAGAUCACCAUAGCGGCGAGGAUGCAGACGACCCGAAUGUACUUUAUAUUCUCCGCCUUGUGGUAGAAGGCGAUGAGACUGCGAAUAACACACGCGAGGGAAACUUCACAGCUCCGAUGGAAGAUUACGCAGACCAGGCAGUGGCGCUGAAGGCUGUCAUGCAAGCGGCUCAGGCAGAGGCGGCGGAUUGGCGUCUGGAUCAAGUGCAACUAUGGGAUCCGUCUCCCAUGGCAAGGUGCCUUCUUGGCCAAAGCGACCUGAAUGCUGUCGUUGUUGAGAGGCAGACUCAUAGCAUUACGAGUGUACUAUGGUUCGAGGACGGCGAAGGUCUGGGACUAGAGAAGGCUCCGGUUCUGACCAACAAUGAGCAUUAUGCCUGGUGUAAGAAGAGUAGCGAAAUUCAUUCUUCAACUACACAAUCUUCAUCGUCAAACUCCGACAGAGUGAAGACUCUAUUUCUCACCAAACGACUGCGAUAAGGCACGACUCGUCCAAGUAACAGCAUGUCCGCG